AUGUCUCGCCGACGCCCGAAUUUCUCAACUCGAACAGCCGAAGAAGAUGUCUCACGUCUCGACCCAAAUGAGCCGGACUCCUCUGCUGGUGCUGGGUUUCUGUCCCUGAUACCGGCUGUUUCACCCCGCCAACAGGAAUCGAACAUCACGGAGCCUGAGAUUAAUCAACAACCAUGGUCUGCAAGCCCAUUUCAAGGCCUGGGAAGCUGGUGGGCCGGGAAAAAAGACAAUGGAAAUACACAGGACACCAGCGGAGAAGCAGAGUCUCCUCAUAUGCCCCUCUCUGCAGCUCCUCUGCGCGAUGCCAGUGCCGAUAAGAAGGAAAGGAAUGGACAUCGUUCUCGAUCGACGACUGAGGAGGCAAAGAAGCUUGGCACAUUCUCUGGGGUAUUUGUUCCUGUGACGCUCAAUGUACUUAGUAUUUUGAUGUUCUUGCGCUUUGGGUUUGUCUUGGGCCAAGCAGGGUUGCUGGGAAUACUAGGACUUCUUGCCGUGUCGUACACAAUCAACUUGGUAACAACGAUGUCUCUGUCUGCCAUCGCAACAAACGGUACUGUUCGAGGCGGAGGUGCCUACUAUUUGAUCUCCCGAUCCCUCGGCCCUGAAUUUGGUGGGUCCAUUGGGAUAGUGUUCUACAUGGGCUACGUCUUCAACACCGGUAUGAAUGCGGUCGGCUUGGUCGACUGUUUCUACCAAAACUUUGGUAGUGUAUCCGGCAACUGGGCAAAUUUCCUCCAGGAGGGCUUUUGGUGGUCAUAUCUCUGGGGGACGAUUAUAUUGGUUGUCUGUACUGCAAUUUGCUUUGCAGGUAGCUCUCUCUUCGCGAGAGCUAGCAAUGGCCUGUUAAUCAUUCUCCUUGUGGCAACUUUCAGCAUCCCGAUAUCCGCCAUUUUCAUGAAGCCAUUCAUCCGAGAAGGCGUGGAGUUUACUGGGUUGAGCUUGCAGACCCUUGUUGGAAAUCUCAAACCAAACCUUACUAGAGGUGCUGCAGGAAGUCAGAUAAAAGGGAGAGAAAACUUUCAGGAUCUCUUUGGCAUUUUGUUCCCCGCAACAGCGGGUAUCUUUGCGGGAGCGAGUAUGUCGGGUGACCUCAAGAACCCAAGCAAAGCAAUCCCCAAGGGUACCUUGGCUGGCUUGGGUCUGACAUUUUUCACAUACACACUGGUGAUCCUUUCAAUGGCUGCCUCCAUUACAAGGCAGUCCUUCUAUAACAAUGUGAACGUAAUCCAGGUCGUCAAUUAUUCCGAUACCAUCAUCCUAAUGGGGGAGUUUGCCACUAGCUUCUUCUCCGCACUAAUGGGUGUCACUGGAUCAGCCAAGCUUCUCCAGGCGAUUGCUCGAGAUAGUCUCGUUCCCGGUAUCAAAAUAUUUGGUCAGGGUACAAAGAAGAAUGACGAGCCUAUCUAUGCAAUCAUUGUGACCUUCAUCUUCGCACAGAUUACGAUGUUGUUCGACAUCAAUCGCAUCGCCUCUUUUGUGACCAUGGUAUACUUGAUGACUUUUCUAGUCACUAAUCUGGCCUGUUUCCUGCUGAAGAUUGGAUCUGCGCCUAAUUUCAGGCCAUCUUUUCAUUACUUUAACUGGCAAACAGCUGCAACGGGAACGCUGGUAAGCGGCGUCAGCAUGUACUUUGUGGAUGGUUUAUAUGCCACCGGCUGCGUCAGUAUCCUGUUCAUCCUAUUCCUGCUGAUCCACUACACAUCGCCGCCCAAGCCCUGGGGAGACGUCAGCCAGAGUUUGAUCUAUCAUCAGGUGCGCAAAUAUCUUUUGCGUCUACGCCAGGAACACGUCAAAUUUUGGCGGCCACAGAUUCUGUUAUUUGUGAGCGACCUUGAUCAACAAUACAAGAUGGUCUCCUUCUGCAACUCUCUGAAAAAAGGUGCAUUAUUUGUCUUAGGUCAUGUCAUUGUUACCGAAGACUUCUCAACAGCUGUUCCGGAGGCCCGUCGACAGCAAACCAUAUGGACGAAGAUUGUCGAAUACUCCAAGAUCAAGGCUUUUGUCAACAUUGCCAUUGCCCCUACCGCAGAAUGGGGUAUGCGAAACAUUGUUCUUAACUCAGGACUUGGUGGCAUGCGACCGAAUAUCGUCGUCAUUGAUCAAUUUCGAGAGGAUCAGUCUUUGGUGGAGACGUUAUCAUUGAGCAGUAACACCAAAUCGAGACGACGCUCGUCAGCCUUUGGCUCCAGACGAGAUGUACCAGACGAAUCCGGAAUUCCAGUCAAGCCCAUGAGUAACCAGGGUUACGUGACAGUUCUUGAGGAUCUUUUGUUUAAACUCCGGAUCAAUGUUGCAGUGGCAAAGGGAUUCGAAGACUUGGAGCUGCCGGAUCCUAAAGGUCGCCAUACAAAGAAAUAUAUCGAUCUCUGGCCUAUCCAGAUGUCAGCGGAGCUCGGGGCCGAUACUCAAAGCAAGCAAAAUGUGUUGACAACCAACUUUGACACCUACACACUGAUUCUGCAAUUGGGUUGUAUUCUCAACACUGUUCCAUCAUGGAAGAAGACAUAUCGAUUGCGGGUAGCGGUGUUUGUCGAGUAUGAAACAGACGUGGAGGAUGAAAGAGGCCGGGUCGAGGCUCUUCUUGAUAAGCUGCGAAUCGAAGCCGAAGUUCUUGUCUUCUGGCUUGCCUGUGGAGACCUGAAGGCGUACCGCAUAAUCGUCAAUGGAGACACUACUCCAGAGGUGGCAGAUGGUCAAAGCCAUGUUGAUUCUGCUCUCCAGGACGAGGAAUGGUGGCAGGGGGUCUUGCGAGCUCGCAACCAUUCAGAAAGCCAGGCGGUAGAUGCAGUCAAUGAUGAGAUGCGGCUGGAGAGAGCAGCCACCUGGCAACUACCUUCGAGCAUCGAUAGCAGGAGCCGGCCAUUCCAACAGGUAACCGGACUAAGGAGACUGAUCCAAUCUAACGGACGCAGACGUUCCGUGUCCAGUUUUAGGGCAUUGGGAGGGGUCAACCUUGGAAUGCAAACCCAUCGUUUAUUGGAUGCCUUUGUUGAUUACGAUGGGGAUACAUCGAGCACUGAAAGCAGCGAUGACAGCGAUUUGGAUGCGUACAUCAGCGACCCUGAGAUUGACGAUGAGGUCCGCCAUGAAGAUGUGGCUAGCAGUCGGAAUAACUCUUCCCAGUUGCUUGUCCGUUCCAAGAGUGACGAUGUCCAGAGCUCUGGUGUCAGUCCAUCAACUCGUCCUGUAGGACAGGACUUUGCAUCCGCUAUGGCAAUCCCUUCAAUAAUCACCGACGAGAACGCAUCCCCGAAAAGCAAAUCACCCGCUCCAAACCGUCCUGGUAUCAGCCGCUCUGCAUCCAGCAACCGGUUCAGCUGUUCCCCAAUUCCAGAAGCCAAGGUCAAUGUCGGAGCGGAGGAAGCCGGCCCGUCAAUAAUGUUCGCGCAGAACGCAUCACCUCCUCGCUUCGCAAAGCUUGACUCCAUCUACGCACGGCGUCCAUCUAUUACCUCCCCCAGCGCACAGAGCGGCCAAACCGCGUCCGGGUUUCCCGGUUCUGCGUCAGUUCCGCUAUCCUUCAACGAUCUUCCUAGCCGAGCACAGCAUCUUAUUCUCAAUGAGUUGAUGGUUCAGCAAAGCAGUGAGACGGCAGUUAUUUUUACGACUUUACCAUCACCAGUGGAGGGAACAUCUCUCCGUGAACAGGACAGUGCCUCAUACUUGAGUGAUUUAGAGGUACUAUGGCAAGAUUUGCCGCCGUGUCUGCUGGUUCACAGCAAUAGCAUGACGGUGACGAUGAAUCUAUGA